AUGACGAGCAUGACCCGACUGCCCAACGGGCUCAUCACUUUUGGCCCCUUGGCCAACUGCACCCUCGAUCUCUGUCCUCUCGAGGCCAGUCUCUUGCGAUAUCGGCCCAGCAUCCCUGCCAACGCCGUCUUUAUCGCCAUCUUUGGACUGUCAGGGCUUGUCCACGCCUUUCAGGGCUACAAGUUCAAGACCUGGGGCUUCAUGUCGAGCAUGCUGGCUGGAUGCAUUCUCGAGAUCAUUGGCUACGUCGGGCGUCUCAUCAUCUACAACAACCCUUUCGACUUUAAUGGGUUCCUGAUGCAGAUCAUUUGCAUCACUGUAGCACCCGUUUUCUUUUCCGCCGCUAUAUAUGUUCUCCUGUCACAAGUCAUCAACUUCGUUGAUCCAUCUGUCUCGCGGUUCCCAGCCGCUUACUUCUACUGGGUCUUCAUCCCCUCCGAUGUCAUCUCCCUCGUCCUGCAAGCGGUGGGCGGUGCCCUGUCUUCCACUGGUGCAGACAGAGCUGCCGUCAAGGUCGGCGAGCACAUCUCCCUUGCCGGCCUCAUCUUCCAGGUCGUCACUCUCAUCUGCUUCUGCACUCUCUUCGCCGACUACGUCGCUAGGGCUGCUCGCUCGCCCUCCAAGUACCGACUCAACAAGUCCAUGAGGACUUUCCUCAUCUUCCUUUUCCUCUCCACCGUCUUCAUCCUCAUCCGAUGCGCCUACCGUAUUGCUGAGUUGGGCCAGGGUUACUUCAGUGCCCUCUUUCGAGACGAGGGCCUCUUCAUCGGCCUCGAAGGUUGCAUGAUGUGCGUUGCUGUUCUCCUUCUGAACGCUGGCCACCCUGGAUUCGCCUUUGACCACGGGGAAGCAGCCGUCCAUGAGAAGGACCCCCCUUUCGAGUCCCUGGCAAACGAGACCAACGAGGACAUGUCCAUGACAAGCCUCGACGCUGCCCAAAGGAAUCAAAGCUGA